GCCUGUGGGGGUUCAGUCCGUACAUUAUAGUAAGGUCUUACAGCAUUAAAGCUUAAGCUAAGGCCGGAGUGUUACCGUUGAGAUGCAAUAAUGGAGGACCCUUGGGCCUCCUUCAGCAGGAAAAUACUUACCUUGUUCUCCGGUGAUCUCGAGGUCCAUUCGACGCAAAAAAAUUAUACUGAUCUUCGUAUUUUGAAAGCGGGAGAUUUGAAGGUUCCAGAGGAACUUAUAAAAAAUUUCUUAGAUACUUACUUAGGUAAAGUUGUGUUAGACGGCGUUUGGAAACCUUUCAUAGAAUUAUUGGACACUGAGCUUGAAAAUGGAGAGAAACUGUUACACUUUGCGAAGAGUGUUUAUAAGUUAACCAGGGGCUUAUUCAGCUGUCUUGAGCUCUUUAAUGAUUAUCCUCUGUAUUUGGAGGAUCGUCUUUUUCAAUAUCAAAGUGGCCAUUUUUUUCCGAUCUGUUGUUCUUUUUUACAAGAAACUUUUGAAGCUUAUUGCACUCGGUCUUCCGAUAACAAUUCGACCUCUUGUGCUAGCGAGCUUGAGCUGCAGAAGGCCGAUAUUACGUUGCAGCUGCUGAGGGAAAUAGUUGAGGUACUGUCCAGUCUGCGGCUGACUCACCGGGUUUUUGGUGUUUGCUCCGCGGAAGUUGCUCAGAAGGCUAUCUCAGCCCGCAUGGAGAACAUCCGGAAGCGUUUCGCCGCCCGCUACCUUCCGCCGCUGCUUGCGUGGGUCCGCUCUACAGUUGUGAGUUGGCUCACCCACUUAUACAGAGGGUACUUGCCGGAGCCACUCCCACGGCUGGAGCUGAGUCUUUUCAGCUACACCUACCAUUCGUUUGGCCUUAUGAGAAUUGAAGAAAUCUUCGAUAUAAUCGUAGACUACGAUAGCGAGGACCACGCGAGUCAUCCAGCGCUCGAAGAUCUCAAGGAGUGCCUCCAUCACACCGACUUGAAGGACAAUUUGAUUCACCGUUUGAAAUCACAAAACGAGGAACGGCUACUGCAUCACGGUGCUGACACCAGCGACAUCAUUACACACCUCCAGCAAUUAACUGCAGCCCUUCGCUUUAUAGAUCCCUCUGGGGCGGUUCUGAAGGCUGUGCAGGGGGACAUCCAUAGCUACCUUCGCCUGCGCCCGGACGCCUCUCGUUGCCUCAUCAACACGUUUGUGGAUAACGACCAGUACAUGACGGGCAUACUCUCGGCCUUGCCGCAGGCGGAAGACGAGUCGGACUCGGACUGGGAGCCGGAGCCUAGAGUCUCCUAUGAGAAGAAUAGUUACGAAGCGACGAUUUAUGGAAGCAAAGAACGCUUUGCCGCUGACUACCACGCUGUCUUGGCGGAAACUCUUCUUUUGUCUGAAAACUGUGAUCUGGAUAAAGAGCUUCGUAACUUGGAGCUUCUGAAGGCUCGCUUCGGCGAAGAUCUAUUUCUCAAGUGCACGGUUAUGCUCGAGGAUGUGGCGGAGUCUAGACGGCUCAAUGCUAUUCUUGGUCAGCGGGAGCUUCCGUUGCAAACGCUGAUCAUCUCGAAGUUAUUUUGGCCCUCCCUGCACGAGGAGCUAUUUUCACCUCCUUUGCUCGUUAAACGGUGGCUGAGUCAGUUUGAUGAAUCUUUCCAAAAGAUCAAGGCAGCGAGAUGUUUGUCAUAUUUGAUGAACUACGGCACGGUAGAGCUCGAGCUUGUCUUUGGAAAUAAAACCUUCCAGUAUUGCGUUUCGCCCCUUCUUGCAACCAUCAUCAUCCACUUCAAGGAGAAUGACAAGAUCUCCUCCGCUGAGUUAGCUACGCUCUUAGCUGUGCCUCCUCACGUUAUCAAAAGGAAGAUCGCUUUCUGGGUGAAUGAGGGUGUCCUUAUCGAAGUGGGAGACUCUACUUACGAAAUCAACCAACUAGGCCCACAUAGCCCUGCUCAGACCAGUGCAAUUUGCUUUGAAAGGGACGCCGCUAUUCCAGCGGAGCCUCCGCAAGAGGCAGAGGAUCUCGAGCUGUGCUGGAAGUUUGUGGUUGGUAUGCUCACCAAUAUAGGGGCCAUGUCUCUAAAGCGGAUCUACUCCAUGUUGAGCAUGUGCGUGGGGGAGUCCGUGCCCAAAGAGACCGCCAUCAAGACGUAUCUGCAAAAACGCGUUAUAGAUGGGCAUCUCGAGUAUUUGGCAGGCAACUACUCACUGACUACCCACCAAAAGAUUCCGAAUACUAGAGCCUUCACUCGAAAGUCUAUAAGCAAAAACACUCGGCACUACCUUAUAAUCAUGCCUUGCUACUUUACCAUCACGCGACUCCUUCUGCUAGUCGAUCUAGUAGUGAAAGGCCUAAAAGAAGUGCUAAGGAAGACCUCAUGUUAAGCGACAAAGAUCACUUCACUUCACUUCUACAUUUUUAAAAUAAUACCAACAAUUAUAGAAAAGAAAACAGCACGGUAACUACACCCCGUAGCAAAAAAGUUCUUCCAUCAUAGUAUGGACUUCAUCUACCUCUUCCGCAUCCCUAGGUGCUAAAAAGAUAGUCUUCAAAAUCUAUACUUUCAUCGUUUCCUAAAGCGACGUCUAGUAAAAUUUGAGAGGAAGGGAGGCCGGG